AUCACAUCCUAUUUUGAACAAACAACGAUAACAGAAUAAAGUAAAAUAGGCGAAUAAAGUACAGUAAAACACAGUACAGUACAGUUAAAGUGACAUAUACACAAUAACCUCUCUCACUUCUACUCUCUGACUACCUCCCUCACUCUCAUCCUCACUCUCGUAUACUCUCUCACUGAUUAUUAUUUUAUAUGAAUUAUAAACAUUAAAUGCUAAGUAAUAUUGUAAAUUCUAAUAAAUUCUACAUCAGACGUUUGUGCUAUUAUUAUAAUAUUCAGUCGAAUUUUAUGUCAUCAAUAGUAUCAUUAUUAUUGCAAAUCCAUUGAACAUUUAACGCAUAUUUUUAAUGUAUAAUACAUAAUUCUCGCUUUAAUGCAAUUCAGUGGAUUCAAUCAAUUAUUUAAUGCUAUUUCAUAUUGGAAUUUACAUCACUGGCGAAAUAUCAUCAUCAUUUUCUUGGUCAAUUUAACAUCAGUCUUCAAUGGUGUAGUGAGUUUAGGUACAGGAUAUAAUGUAGCUGUGAAGUAUAAUCGCCCAUAUUCUAGAUGGAGACAGUCAUUAACUCCAUGUGCAUGGCUUGAACGUGGUGGUUUUUUCAAUAUGCCAAAAUAUUACAACUCUUUAUCUCCAUUUGUACAACGACGACAUGUUUGCUCAGGUUAUACAACUUGUCCACUGACUUGGCUUCCAACAAACGAUGUCAGAUCAUUAACAUUCAAGCUUAUAGGGACUGAUGAUAUGCGUGAUUAUGAAUUUCAAGCGCAUUUUUGUAAUCGGAUAUAUGAAGCACGACAUCGUUAUUGUACUAAUGAAGAAGGUGAAAUCGCCUUUGAACUACGACAGAUUGGAACAUGGCUUAUGGUUGAUCGUAUCAAUUGUCGUUGUUUAGGCAUAGCUGAUGUUGAACGUUAUGGUUACAGUAAAGGUGUUCAAUUCGGGGAUCGUGUAUUUCGUGGGAAUUAUAUACACAUGACGUGUGCUACAAAACCUCAAUGUAAAAUAGACGACUUUUGUUAUAUUGAAACACCCAGUACAGAUGGUUAUAUUUAUGGUGGUCGCGUACCGUGUAUUUGUCCAAAACAGUAUCAUUGUCCAAUUUACUUUAUCCGAGACAAGCGUAUACCGCAGUUGAAUGAUGAUGGAAGAGUAAUCAGUUAUGGAGUUAAAUGUAAAAGAAGAAAUUAUUAAUAAUACAUCAUUUAAUUAUUAUUUGAAUGACAAAUUAUUGUUGUUCAUUUUGUCUGUGUUUUCUCCCUUCUCCUUUUCACUAUUUAUUUAUUAUCUAGCUGUUAUUAUUAUUAUUAUUUUAAUGAGAUAGUAAACAGUCUUUAUUGUACCAUGAUUUUGAUUGGUUUACACCUAUUUUGGUUCUAUGUGUAAUCUAAAUUGUACUUCAAGUGUUAGGUUAUCACUGAAAAAGUGUUUCAUUAAGAC